AUGACCAAGAUCUCGACACUGUUGUCCGCUGUCUUCCUGGCCAUUGCGGGUUUCCUGUUCGGCUAUGACAGCGGUAUCAUCACCUCCACCAUCGGUCAAAAUGAGUUCAUCAAGUACUUCAACAACCCCAGUGACGACCUUACCGGAGGCGUAGUCUCGAGUUUCCAAGGAGGCGCUAUACUUGGCUGCGCGAUCAACAUUUUUACAGGAGACAAACUGGGCCGCAGACUCUCCGUUUUUGCCGGAGCAUGCAUCUCUGUCGUGGGGUGCGCGUUGCAGGCGGGUGCCAUCAACAUGGCCAUGCUCAUUGUCGGCCGCCUCAUCGCCGGUGUCGCUGUGGGCAUGCUGACGUCCACCGUGCCCAUGUACGCGGGUGAGAUGGCCGAGGCCGAGUCCCGCGGUAUGAUGUCCGGCUUGUUGCAAUGGAUGUUGAGUUGGGGAUAUCUCGUGGCGCAGUGGUUGGGAUACGGAUGCUCGUUCAACAACACUUCCUUCCAAUGGCGCUUCCCUCUCGCCUUCCAGUGCGUUCCCGGCCUCGUCCUCAUGUCCGGUGUGUGGUUCCUACAAGAAUCGCCGCGGUGGCUGAUGGAGCAAGACCGCCACGAGGAAGCGCUGGCGACCCUGCACAAACUCCACGGCGACGGGUCCCCCGAGAAGGCGAGCUACAUCGAGGCGGAAUACCAGGAAAUCCGGGACACGAUUGACGCGGAACGGGCGCACAACAACAUCACCUGGACCUCGAUCCUGACGAAGCCGUCGUGGCGGCGACGUCUCCUCCUGGGCUGCGGCGUGCAAGCCUUCGGCCCGCUCUCGGGAAUCAAUGUGAUCAACUACUACGGAACCCGGAUCUACAGCUCGCUGGGCAUCGACACGCGGACUUCGCUGAUGAUCAUCGGGAUUUCGGGGGCGCUGUCCAUCGUGUACGCGACGAUUGGGCUAUGGGCGCUGGAGCGCGUGGGGCGGGUGAAGCCGCUGAUCGUGUCGGCGGCGGGCAUGGCGGGCGCGCUGGUGUGCAACGCGGCCAUGUCGCAGCACUGGAACGAAAGCAACACCAACCAGCUGCGCGCCAUGGUCGCCAUGAACUUCGUCUUCAGCUUUUUCUACACGGGCCCCGGCAUCAUCUCCUGGGUCUACCCCGCCGAGAUCUUCCCCGUCGACAUCCGCAACCAGGGCAACAGUAUCACCACCUUCACCAACUGGACCGUCAACCUCGUUUUCGCCCAGUUCUCGCCCACUGCCCUGUCGAACAUCGGCUUCCGCUACUUCUACGUCUUCUUCGUGUUUAAUCUCAUCGCGAUGCUCUGCUAUAUCUUCUUCUUCCCGGAGACGAAGGGAAAGACCCUCGAGCAGAUGGAUGCAUUGUUUGGUGAC